AUGGCAGCGCCCAUGGACACGGAAAAUGAAAUGGAAAGGGAAUUCCUGAAACAAGGUGCAGAGGCAAAGGUUUAUCGGGAGAAUUUUUAUGGAAGACCAUGUAUCAGCAAGCAACGUUUCUCAAAGGCUUACAGACACCAAAUCCUUGACAAGUCAUUGACGCUACAACGACUGAAAUCUGAAAUCAGAGCCAUGAACAAGUGCAGAAAUCUUGGAAUAACAGUUCCUGUUUUGUACUUUGUCGACCCUCAGACAAGCACUUUCUAUAUGGAGGAAAUAACUAACUCUCAGACAGUGCGGGACUAUAUUGUGGAUUUACAGAAAAAUGACCCGGAACUAGCUAUUAAAAAAUUAACUCCCCUUGCUGGAAAGCUUGGAAGCAUUCUUGGCAAAAUGCAUAGCGGUAAAAUAAUACAUGGGGACUUGACAACCUCCAACAUGCUACUUAGAGGUGACCCAGAAAACUUGGACAUUGUAAUGAUUGACUUUGGACUCAGUUUUGCAGAGGGUCUCCCAGAAGAUAAAGGAGUGGAUUUGUAUGUGUUUGAGAGGGCCCUUCUCAGUACACAUCCAAACACUGAGGACCUGUUCACAGAAGUUAUGGAAGCAUACAAGAAAGCUAAUGUCAAAGAGGCCAAUGAUGUCAUAAGUAAACUGGAUGAGGUCAGAAUGAGGGGAAGGAAAAGAACUAUGGUCGGAUAGUGUACUAAAGAGUAUAUUUCAUAUUAACUUAAGUAUAUAAUACUGUACACAUGUUUAAUUCUUUAUGCUGCGCAAACUUGUCUGAUUAACAAACACUGUGUAUAUUUUCUAAAUGAUAAUAAAAAGGCAGCCAGCUAUA